AUUUUGUGGUAUUGUUCUUGACGCACAGGAAUUCUUCUUGUGGUUAAAUAAGAAGUCGUGGAUGGACAUAAUUUACUUGAAACAGAUUUAGAGGUGUGAGUUUGACCAAUGUUUAGAGUAUGGGUCACUGAUUUAAUUUUAGACCAGGAACACCUGUCCUUGUCAGUACCAGUACAGUUAUAGUAAAGCCUCAACAGAGUUUGGAAAUAAAUGUUCGGAGAAGAAAUCAUGUAAAUAGGUAGUUUCAGAGUAGCAUUUUGUUAUGUAGGCAACUAUAAAUGUUUAUGCAUAUGCACUAUGGAGAAUCUACGUGAAAGUAAUGCAGCUGUCCCUGCCACGCCUUCUGUGAAAGACUUGGUGAAGGUUUUGUAUGGAGGAAAAAGGUUUGGUAAUCAUGUUGAUGAAGUUUGGCCUAACCUAUUCAUUGGCGACAUGUCAGUGGCCAAUGAUCGCUACAGCCUGUGGAAGCUGGGAAUCACUCAUGUUCUGAAUGUUGCUCAUGGGAGGAUGCACUGUCAGGGGAGUCAUGACUUCUAUGGCUCCAAUAUGGAUUAUUAUGGAGUGCCUGCUGAUGACUCACCAUCCUUUGACCUCUCUGGCUAUUUCUUUCCCUCUGCUGAGUAUAUUCACAGUGCACUUGACACGGCUGGUGCUCGGGUUUUUGUCCACUGUGCUGUUGGAGUGAGCAGGUCUGCCUCCCUAGUCCUGGCCUACCUAAUGAUCCACCACCAUUACACCCUAUUAGAGGCCAUCAACAAGGUCAAAGAGCACAGGUGGAUUUUCCCAAACAGAGGAUUCCUCAAACAGCUUCGUGCUUUGGAGAUUAAGCUAUGCAAGACAUCCUGAGUAAUCCUCCAUACUUCAUAGAUUUUCUAACCUACAGAACCUCAUAUGCCUGUUUUCCUCAGGAUAAAUAAAGGAUUCAGUAUCUGUCA